UUGUUUUUCUUCUGGUUACUCACUAAGGCUAGACAACUUCUAAAGAUGCUAAUUUUUGAUCGAAUUUGACAGCCUAACUUUCCUUAUCAGCUAGCUUCACCCCUUAUAAAAAUAUAUUAGAAAUUCUAAAUAGAAUAUGCUUAGCUGAUGCUAAUAAAGGUAUUCCAGGAAACUUAAGGGAAGCAACGUUGACUAUAUUGUCCUUUUUUUACAACUAAGAUAGUUCGAGAAGAACAGAAAGAGAGAAAGGUAAACUAUAUCAAUAAUCUGUUGACUUUAAAACAAACAAAGAAGUUUUUUCAAGUUGCACAUUCUAUUUGCAGAAAUUUUAAAGAGAAGUGGUCAUUUGGAUGAAGCUGUGCUUUUACAUACAAGCCUAAAAGAUAAGUAAAUCGUAAAAACGUUAUACAUGAAGAAAGUGGGUUGACCUUUUGAUCUCGCCCUAGCUUUUUCUUUUCUUGAAAAUAAAAUCUACAAAAAUUUUUCUAUUUGGAAUGUAAAUUCUGUUUCCAACAGCAAAAGAAACUUUUCUCGUUUUAUUCUCUGAUGUCUAACCUGUCGCAAAUAAACUAAAUGAACAAGAUGAUAGGUUCGAUUUCAAAAAUUAACUUAUUUGAUGUAUACUUGAAGCGCAAAUUCACAAACAAGUAAAAGUUUACACUUGUAAACUCGAACGUUAUAAAGAUCGAUGUUUAAAUGAUUUACAAUUUGAACAUUUGUCUUAAAUAAUCAUGGCGCAUAAACGUAAUUAUUCAAUGUUAUUUUAAUUCUUUGUUAAUUACGUUUUCAGGACAACGAAUUAGACUAGAAAAACUAAUCGACAAUGUUAUCAAUGUCAAAAACACGUCUGUAUAAAUACUAAAAAAGCCGAUAUGAUGUACAAUACAACGAAGAUAAAGUUUUUGUGUGGGUUUUCACUGGUUGUAAUAUUGUGUUACGUUUAUUACAUGGAAAGGGGGACAGAUUCAUGUUUAUUUAGUAGUCAAGCCAUCUUGUGCCAAACUGUAGAAGUCCAGAAAAAAGAAACACCGAAACUUGGUAAACGAGACGCUUUGAGAUUCAAGCUUGAAGUUCUUAUGAACAAAGCUGAAGCGAAGCUUUCCAACUACACUAGAAGAAAAGUUAAAGGGAAUGAGUUUUUGUUGAAGAGCGUCAGUGUCGAAAAACCAACUCAUUCAAUAAGUGAGUGGUUAAACGUAAGUGAAGGGAGACCGUACUCAAAUUAUGGCGAUAACACAUGCGGUGAUAGUGAACAUAAAGAAAUACUGAGCGUAAUAUUUCAAAGAUGGAUAGACAUAACGAAAAAACUUAAUAUACCCUACAUGCUCACGUGCGGUUCCUUACUCGGUGCGUGGAGAGAUCAAGACAUCGUCCCUGGAGACACGGACAUGGAUAUUUACAUCUCACACAAACACGCAAUGAAGCUUCACAAAAUACGCGACAAAAGAAACUUCGACGCCACUGACAAUAAAUUCCAUUUGAUUUUACAAAGGGAUUGGAAACUACCUUACAGUCAAAGACGUCGAUACACAUGCAAGGGCAAGCGAGUGAAAAAAUAUCGCGACCACUGUUCCUUUGAAGAACCGUUUGGUCGUUUAAUACAUCGAAACUAUCAUAUCGAUAUUUACGACUAUAAAAUAAAAAAUAAUAAACUUAAAGAUCCAUCUGAGUUUGAGAAAGAAUUCGCUGUCAGCGAUAUUUUUCCGGUCAAGAAAUGCAUGUUUAUGAACCAGCAAACAUAUUGCCCGAGAAAACCCAAGGUGGUAUUAGAAGCUUACUACGGCAAAGACCUGAGACCGUUGCAGCUUUGCCAGCAAGGGGAAUGGGUCGAUAGGACUAAGUAACGAAACACAGAUUGUAACUAUUUUUUAAAAAAUAUUUUUUUUUACAAGGACACGUAAAAUAAGGAAGGAAAAAAUUUUCGUCAUUUAGAUUUUGUAAGACAUCGAAUUGUUCACGUGUAUAUACUAAUAAAUUAUUGUUCAUUGAUACAACCAAUUAACUUAAUUACCGAUGUUGACUUCCUUGAUUAACCCAC